AAAUAUGUGGUGCAUGGAGGCCUUAUCUUGGUGAACCUCGGAAAAACAAACUACAUAUAUCUCUUUCUGAGUGUACUUUAUCUCAGUGCAGAAAAAGAUCAAGAAAAAAAAUGGUGAGUGAACUCAUUGAUGAGACUGAGAUUCAGGCGCCGGCGGCCAAAGUUUGGGAGCUUUAUGGCACCGUUGAGUUUGGAAACUUCCUUCUACGUCACGUCCCAAAUGUCGUUCAGAAAAUCGAGUUCCUCGAAGGCAAUGGCGGCGAAGGAACUCUUCUCUAUGUCACUUUUGCACCUGGCUUAGGUGGUAUGAGAUACAAAGAGAGGUUUGCAAAGGUGGAUAAUGAGAAUCGUAUAAAAAUAGCAGAAAUGGUGGAAGGAGGUUAUUUAGAUCUUGGCUUUACUCUUUAUAGGUUUCGUUUUGAGAUUAUUGAGAAAAAUGAAGAGAGUUGCAUAGUAAAAUCAAGUAUCCAAUAUGAGUUAAAGGAAGAAGCUGCUUCAAAUGCUUCACUUGCAACUGUUGAACCUUUGAAAGAGGUUGCUCAAGCUGCCAAACACUACUUCCUCAAUAAGUCAACAGCUUAAAAGAUGAUGCAUAAUCCAAUAAUGUGAUAACCAUCCAUGUGUUUUGAAUGGACUUUUUUAAGCAUUUGUGUUUAGAAAUAAGUUUAGUGGUUGUUUGUGAUGUUUAGCAACCACUUAGGACGUUUUAUGUAAUGGGUUUGAGGAAAAAGGUGACUCUUUUUCUUUAUGAAUGACAAUGGCCCAUUUAGUGGGUUGGGAUCUUACACUUGUUGCUUUAAUUUGCCUUUCUUAAAUAUCUAUUAGUGAGAUAA